AGUGGCUGAUGAGCAUCUGUGCCCCUACCUGGGAGCCAGUGGCCCUCUGAAAGGCUCAACGGGAGGGAGGGAGCUGAUUUAAAAUGUCAACCCGGUAUCAUCAGGCUGCUGUGGAUGGCUACCUGGAACUUUUAAAAGAAGCUACUAAGAGGGAUCUCAACAUUUCAGACGAAGAUGGCAUGACCCCCACCCUCCUAGCAGCCUACCAUGGACAACUGGAAGCCCUGGAAGUCAUCUGCAGUCGUGGGGGAAACCCUGAUAAAUGUGACAUCUGGGGGAAUACACCCCUCCACCAUGCUGCUGCCAAUGGCCAUAUCCGUUGUGUCUCAUUUCUGACUAAAUUUGGUGCCAACAUCUUUGCCUUGGACAAUGAUUUUCAAACUCCGCUGGAUGCCGCAGCCAGCCGGGAGAAGAGGGAAUGUGUCAUCCUCCUAGACAAAGCUGCUACUGAACAGAAUAUCCUGAACCCCAAGAAAGUCUCUGGGCUGAAGGAGCAAGCUCAGAGAAAUGCCUGGAAGCAGAUCAAAGAAUUUGGAAAGACCCAAGAGAAACAUCAAAAUAAAAUGACCAAGACCUACAACAAAGAGAAGGGGGAAAGCCUGCGUAAGGGCUCCAUUGCCUCCAGGUUGUCCUCUUCUGACUCUAUGUUCGGGACUGUCACCCAGGGGCUGAAGAACACCUUCAGUUUAAAGUUAAAGAAGAACAGGAACACAGGAAGCCAGAGGGAUGAGAGCACAAGUAGCAAAGACAGCAAGGUGGGGCAGAGGAAUGUGAUGGAGGUUUUCAGCGAAGAGGAAGAAGAAGACGCUUUGUCUAGUGACUUCAGAAAAAAGAAUAACCUCUCAGAUGACAUGGAAGAUUACGACCCGCCAGAGCACAAAUCCAUCUUCAACCGACCUGGAAUGGGAAAUAUUGUGUUUAAGAAAAAUCUAGCCCUGGGUAUCAACGCUGCCCAAGAAGACAUCUCCACCAGGACUAGAGAUCUGGGAUUUAAAAUACCCACUGAGCUGUUUCAAUGGCAAGGUGCAGAGAACAAUGAUGAGGGGGAUCUAGAGGCUGAAGAGGAAGAUGACGUACUUUGGGAUGAGGUGGGGGUGGCGUGGGAGGAAGAUGAGGAGGAUAUCACCCCCUUGGAAGUAUUCCUGUUGUCCCAAGAUCUCGGGGAGUUCAUUCCUGUAUUCAUGAGAGAGCAGAUCGAUCUUGAAGCGCUGAUGCUCUGCUCAGAUGAGGACCUCCAGAGCAUACAAAUGCAUCUGGGCCCCAGGAAGAAGGUCCUCAAUGCCAUAAACAAGAGGAAGCAGGUUCUGCAGCAGCCUGGAAAGAUGAUGGAUACUAGCCUCUGAAAGAGCACGUCACUUGGAGUUAGCUGCCCUCCCCAUCCAUGAUCUCAUUCUCACCCGAAUCAAGAGAAAACUCUGUCCAAACAAACCACAAAGGGACCCGAGAAGGAACCAAAGGAGGCGAAGUUUUUCUUUUAAGGGCUUUUAGAGCCUUCCAAGCAAGGGAACAGAUGCACAAGUGGCAGGGAAAAGGAACUUUGUUUAUCAUCAUCAUCAUCAUUACCAUCAUCAUGUGCAGUAUUUACCAAGGGCACUGAACCAGAUGCUUGAUUAACUCCGGUUUCGAACAGUGAUUUCCUGACAGCUUGACCUGCUGAUGGCACUGCAAUCUUAUACCUGAAAGGGCAACUUGCAGCCAAGGAGAAAGUCUCUUCCCACUGAAUGUCUAGCAGCUAGAAGCCACGGUGGCUGGGGGGUCUGAACACAAAGUGAGCGUUUGCUUCCUUCUUUAUUUCAGGCUGGGAAGCCAGCUCAGAUCUGCUCAACAUCAUUAUCAGGUUUGUCGCCGUGUCUACCCUGACAGAGGUGAUCCAAGCUCUGGUCAACAGACAUUUCCAGUGGACAAAUACCUGGCUCUCUAAGAAAAAGGGGAGAGGAUUGUCAGGUGUACUUUGCUUCCUCAAACCACCCUCUUUAAUAUUCCCAAUUCUGAACCUGACGAUUAAAUGUUUAAUUUAGAUGCCGACUGUCUCAUGCUGAGCACUUUGGGCUAUGGAUGAAUGUCAGCCUGAUUUCACAUUAAGACUCUCGCUAGCAACAUGGCCUAGAGGAUAGUGCAUGAGUCUGUGAGUCAGAGGACUUAAGUUCUAAU